AUGAACCAAGCCAAGGAACCUUAUGGAAGAAAUGUCGAUGCUCUUAUUGUCAAAUGAAAGGACAAGAAGUAGUAAAAACGAAUGAUGAAAAUGAAGAAGAAAUUAUGGGAGUCAAAGAAGUAAAAGGUGUGAGAGUUAGCUCAUCGAAAAUUAAAGUUCCAGAUGUCACCUUAAGAAGACUAACG